GGGGGGCUACAUAAGAGUGCCUGAGUACUCUCAUAUUGCGCUUUAUCAAGGAUUUUCGAUAAAGGUCUUUGGGUGACAGGGCCAAGGCUAUCCAUCUUGUAAUGUUUUUUUUUUUUCUUCUUUUUUUUUCUUGCAGUGGCCCUUGUAAUAUGUUUGCAAUUGUAUUGCUCUGUGGCCCCGGUCUUGUUUGUGAUGGCUAAACACUUUCCUGGAGGGAGUCCUGGCUAAUAAGAACAAUUCCCAGGUCUUACAAUGUUGCCAACUGGAUCAGAAGUCUGCUGAGAGCACCACUGCAGUUCAUCUUCAGGAUAUAUUAUUUUUAAUGACCAGGCAAUAUUGUUAUUGAACCCAGCUCAGCAGACAAGACACAGGGGAGGAAGGAAACCUUAUCCCCUCACACUGGAAUGUGUGACAUGGCUCAGUGCUUGGUUCUUCAUCCAGUAAGUGGGAGCCUUUAUUCAAAUUGCCCUGUGCUAAAAAAAAGGGUUGAAUAACUUUACAGGCUGUCAAACAUCACAGUGGAUGAUUUUGUUUAAAGCAGUCAACCCCAGAACUGAAGAGCUUCCUUUGACCAGUCAGACAAGCUUGAGCUCAGAUUUUGAAGGCCAUAUUUAAUCUGUGGACAUUUGUAACUGAGAUAUCUUUUAUUAUACUGAGCAGGAAAAAAAUCAUUGAGCUGCAGGGUCUGUCUCAAAAGAUUCAAGCAAACUGCACUCCACUGGUCACACAACCCCACAUGGCAAAAUCUGACAUCUUUACUGAAGCAUUUCCUCAUUCCUUCACUCUGCAGAGUUAGCGUGGUUUAAUGUUGAUCAUACAAGUAUCUCUCUGCUGAAAAAAUUAAUUCAAGAAAGGCCUUGAUAAAAAAGAAAAGAGAGGCUUUCUUCAGUGAGCUAGAAGGGAGCUUUUAUUCCUCAAAUGUGCCUGUUUGCUCUGCAGUGAGACACAGACGGGGAACAAGCACAGACAGCAUUAUGGGGUCUGCGUUAGCCGUGUUGAGCAUGUCUGUGUUGCCUGCUUUGAGUCUUUAAGCUGCUAAAAAGAGACACACAAUAGAGAGACAGCAGCUUGAAAUGAUGGAAAUAAGCCUCUCUCUGGAUCCGUUUGUGACUCUAGACUGAAUCACUAGAGCACACGCGAACAGCGACGGGAAAUGUGCAGGGAAUGCAAACUCGAUUGUGAGGUUAUGCAGGUGAAACAUUCGGAGUCGCUCUCAGAGUCAAUCAAAUUUGCCUAAGCUUGUAACUUCACACCAUUUGCUCUGUAAAAAUUGAGUACUCAUGCAUUACCACCAGGCUUGGGUCCAUAAUGUGUCACAAGCAGGUCUAAUGCCAAUCACCAACAGCAGACCAUAUGGCUGCUCUCUUCUCUGUGUCUAUUGGCUGACCUCUAUACCUCAUGAUGCUGCUCACAGAUGGAAACCGUCUCCAGUGGAGUUCCAUACCAUCACACAGAGUCCCCAAGUGAGAACACUGACUAUACCCUGCUUUUGGUUUGUAUUAUUUCAUUUGAUCACAUGUCUGCUGUCAGCUGUUACAGCGAGUGAGCCUUGUUCACCAUCUGUGAAAGCUGUACAUGCAGCACACACUGUCAUUCCUGCAUGUGAAUGAUGAGAUACUCAGGGUCACAGAGCUGUAGCUGCACGUGGUUUCCUGCUUUGACCUCUGAACCUGUGCAUGGAGCACAAGAUGCCCACAGUGCUGCACUUCAAUUCUGUUUGCAACGCUUGGCUACUCUAGGUUUAUUCUAGAUAUUUCUAAGAAAGCAACAGGAGAGGUUAUUACGACAUCACGGGAGGGAGUGUAUUUCAUUUCAUAUAGCUCUUUAGAAAACUGCAGAUGAGUUUUUUAACGUAUGAUCAAUAGAUAUCAACCUCAAUGUUUCUAGUGUUGCUGAUAUAGAUUUCCGAUUAGAGGGCGGUUAGGGUGAGCCUGGGGCUCAGAGUAGAGGUCUUUGAAGUCUGAUCACAUGGCCUGAAUAUCUUUUUGUAAUGCAGAUUUUUGCUUCUCUAAGGAAGUUUGAAGGCACAAGGAAAAAUAGGUUAGAGGAAGACACAAGUAGGGCUUUUACACUCUGUGCUUCCAUUUCUGUGCCACCAUUUACUUUAUCUUGUGUCUCCAAGGGAAUUGUAUACAUAUGCUACACUUAUCCCUGCUAUUUCCAUCAGCUCAUUGAGUUGUUUCACUGUCAGGUAUGCCAGUUUAGUGCCUUGCCUCUUUUCAGAACAAUGGGCUGCAGAGCAAGGUCCAUUAGCACUUGAAAGGGCAGAAGAGAAACGGUGCGUGGCCUUUUAAUAGAAGAUGAGAGGGAGUCCAGGGCACCUCUGCACCUGACUUGUGUGGGACAGUCCCACUCUACAGAGGGCUGCAGCAGUGUGCGUGUUUUCCUCUGCAUGGGAAUGGGGCAGCCUCACUCAUGAAUGGAAGCGAUUCAUUCUGAUUCACACCAAGAUUAAAGGCUGUAUAUUAACAGAAUAAAAAACGACUAAAAGAGCCGAACAAAGCUAUUUUUGGUAUCUGCGUUGUUGCUUUUGCUUUUUUAGCCACAUAGUGAAGGAGAGGGGGGGCGGGGAGCACCCGUACGAUGCGCAGGAGCUGCAAAUGUGCGCGCUUUCAUCCACAAGGUAGUUUUAAUUUCUCUUUGUAGCAACCUACUUUUCCAUUUAACAAAACUGGACAGGGGAUGCGCCCUCUUGGAUGAAUCGGAGCGCAUGGAAAGGAUGCUGCUCUCACUUGGAGCAGGUGUAUUCAGCCAAGUGGAGGCGCAGGUCACAGAACAGGAGCGACGCACGACAACCAUCGAACCACAACAACACCUGCUUCAAAGGAAAGCACUUCAUCCUUAGACAUGCGGCCGGAUAAUACGUUACUUCCAAUCAAAAUAAGCGGAUUUCUCCUUUUGAGUCAUAUACGGUAGGAGGAGAAUUUGGGCACUGUGAACCUGCCGGACGCGCAACACCAAUGGAAAUACAGUGGUGACAAGAGAAUCCAAACAAGGACUGCUUCCCCGGCUUUUCAUUAAAAUCAGUUUUAUUUUUAUAAAGGACAGAACCAUCUGCAAGUAUGCCUGGGGCAUUUCUCUCGGCGCAGUCGCUCUACAUCGGGAUGGAGGUGCUGAUUGCAGUCGCGUCUGUAAUCGGGAAUGUGAUGGUGGUUUGGGCGGUGAAAAUUAAUAAGUCGUUGCGAGAUACCACGUUCUGCUUCAUCGUCUCCCUGGCCCUGGCGGAUAUUGCAGUGGGAGCCCUCGUCAUCCCUUUGGCCAUCACCAUCAGCAUCGGACUCCAAACUCACUUUUACAGCUGCCUUCUGGUCGCGUGCACGGUGCUAGUGCUGACACAAAGUUCAAUCCUGGCCCUGCUGGCUAUUGCAAUUGACCGCUAUCUCAGGGUCAAGAUCCCGACCAGGUAAUGGGGGUUAUAUGAUUUUAAUGAUGAUGUUUUAUUCCUCAGAGAAGCCCACUCAGUCUCACGCAGCUGAAGUCACCACAGCUCCUGCUUCGUGUGUUUCUGGGCACUGAUGCUCUCAUGGGUCUUGUUUCACUUCACAGAAUAUCUCUGACUCACUAUUACAGACAUGACAGCUAACCAGAGCAUGGCUGAUCAACCAACAGCUUUAAUUAGUCUCUUUGCAUGUCCUGCAGAUUGUUAAACACUAUCACGGUGACAGAAUCAGAGCAUUUGAGGGUGGGGUUUGUACAGGAGGAUGUUUUUCUGUGUUUCUGGAGGGCAUAAAAGAGGUCACGUUUGCUGUCAGCUAUGUUCCAUCUCUCUUUCUCUCUCCCUCUUUAUCUGAUGCACAAGAUCACCAGGGUUUUAUCUUGCCAGGCUGAAACAAAAGACCCAGCAGUGGUGCUGAAAAGCCAAAAAGAUAAGCUUUGUAGAGGAGGAGAAUAUAUCAUCUGACAAUUCUGUGUAUAAUAGACUCAAAUUUUAAUCUCCAGAUUUAGACUACUUAAUCUUCCAAACUCAUGGUAGCACUUUAUCAGAAAAUGUUGACUUCCUUGUAUUGCUAUAAUGAAUUGAACCAUCUGAGCUUAAUGGUGUCUGCCACAGCAGAGAAUCAGUGAUUCAUCAUUGAAAUAAGAAAUUUACUCACUAGGGAGUUGGUGCUUCCCUCUUCCCAGAACUUACAUUUAGCUUUAGAGGAAAACUGAUUCAAACUCGGCUUUAUUACAUCACCUUUCCAUGAUAACUGAAUAUUUCAAGUUCAUGACAUUCAUGAGGAUUAUACUUUUUUUCUGUACAGUAACGCCAAGACAUGCUGAUUUUCUCACUUUCUCGCUUUCCCCACACUCCGUGUUUAUGUAUUAGUAUCUGAGCCGGCCAGUUCCAGGCUGAGAUGGUGAACAACAGUCUCCUUGUUCUUCUCCACUCACAGACUUAAAUCAACAUGUACAACCUUAAUCGAUAUUGAUCCAAGACGUGUUACUUGUGAGAAGAGUUGAGUUUAACUUCAGACUCCACUUUAGCAAAGGUUGCAUGGCUUCAAUCUAACAUCCUUUCUGUUCAGAAAUUACAGACCAUGAGUAAUUCAAAACAGGCCAACCAUUGAUCUACACACUUGCCAGUAUAAGCUGAAUCAGGUUUCACCACUUCCUCAGGCUGAGUGCUUCUGUGUCACCUCUUGUUCACAGGAGAGAUGUGAUAAGAUUUUAGAGCUUGUUCACCUUGCACCGUUUUCUCCCCUGGCUUCGUAUUCAUGUAACAUCUCAAAAAGUGAAAAGGCGAAAUCUCUAAAGCACGUCCGUUGAAUGCCAAUUGUUGCGGUUUGUGUCCACAGUGCUGUUGCAAUAAAAAUCAGUCAAUAGUGGACCAUUUUUAGGAACUUGAACUCAGUUUUUUCCUGUAGAGAAAAAGUAUCAAAAGAAGCAGAGCUGAGAAGAGCACGGUUUACUGAUAAAGGAUUACAGAGGCUUUUAAAGAAGAAAUCUGUGCGGCAAGCUGCAAAGAGCUCUGUGUGUGUGUGAAGUGUCUUGGGGCUUUGUACAUAAAAUAAUAACUCUUUCUUGUUAUUUCUUCCAUUUGUCUGUCAAAUGACGUAGCUACAGUGAAAAAUGAAGUGAACAUUCAGCAUGCAGGCCCUGAGAGGGCUGUAUGAGAAAGUGCUGACAUGUGUUGUUUCCUCCUGCAGGUACAAGCGGGUGGUGACCCCUCGCCGAGCAGGGCUGGCAGUGGUUAUCUGCUGGACAGUUGCCUUCAUAGUUGGCCUGACACCCAUGUUAGGCUGGAACAACCUGCGGCGCCUCCAGCAGAACGGCUCCAUCAGCUCUGACCUUGUCAUUACCUGCCAGUUUGAAAAUGUCAUCAGUAUGGACUAUAUGGUGUAUUUCAACUUCUUUGGAUGGGUGCUGCCACCUCUGGUGCUCAUGCUUGUCAUCUACGCAGAGAUCUUCUACAUGAUCCACAAGCAGCUCAACAGCAAGAAGCUCACCAGCUGUCACACAGACCCCAACAAGUACUAUGACAAGGAGUUGAAUCUUGCAAAGUCGUUGGCUUUGGUGCUUUUUCUCUUUGCCAUCAGCUGGCUCCCCCUCCACAUCAUCAACUGCAUCACACUCUUCUGCCCCGAUUGCGAGAAGCCCAUCGUCCUCCUCUACAUUGCCAUCCUGCUAACCCAUGGCAACUCUGCUGUUAACCCAAUUAUCUAUGCUUUCCGUAUCAAGAAGUUCCGCUCAGCUUUCAGGAAAAUCUGGCAUCAGUACUUCUGCUGCAAGGACACACCAGCUCUGGAGAUUCAGCCCAGCGACAGGAAGGAGAUGCCCAACCUAGGGCCACAGCAGGCAGCACCCCCGCAGAAGGAACUGCUAAAAUCAGAUCCUCAACAGCAGCAGCAGCAGCAGCAGCAGCCUCCAAUUGAGCAGAAUCUGGACCAGAAAAACGAACCUCCACAGGAACCUAAAGAACACCCGCCUUCCCUGGAGCAGCACACAGUCUAAGCCACGAAUAGCAGAUUACUGCUGUUAGAGAAAGUGGUAAUCAGUGCAGGAGCGCUGGUUCUCUCCUCGAUAUAAUGUAUUUUAUGAGGAGCAUGAGGUGCUACAAUGCUAGAGGGACUGAGGACACUUGGAUCAAGAACCUCAAACACUGGAAGAUGGUGUAAUGUCUCUUCAGGAAUAAUAGAUUCACUGGGAUUUGGUUUGAUCAAAAAAGGCAAAAAGGGUAUUUACAAACUUGCAAUAAUGGCGGUCUUUUUGACAGUGACUGUCUAUCUUAGUAACAGACUGAAGACAUUUAGCUUUAAUGUUUUAUUUAUCAUGGUCAGUUGGUGUGAAUGCAAAAAAUGUGCAAUAUAAUUUUUUGUGGUUGAUCAGUAUUUGAGUGAAAGUUUCUGUGUUCAUCUUACUACUGUAGAAAUGUAUGUGUGUGUGAGUGCGUUUGUGUGUGUGCAAGUGUGUGUUAACUGACGGAGAUUGAAGUACAUGAAUGUAGUCAUAAUGUAAAUAAGUGACUGUGUUAACUCUUCUUCAGGGUCUUAAUCGCACAACAGUGGCAGAGCACGUGGCAGUACUAGACAUUUUCUUGCAGAGAGGAGGCGUAUGUGUGCUAAUAGAAGGGUUUUGUAAUCGCCUAACUCCUCUCCUGGAGCCGAGUCCCUUCGUGAUCCAGCAGCGCCGGUCCAUUACAGACAAGAUGGACAUGGAUAAGACACAGGCAGCUGAAAGGAACAGGAGGCUUUAACCUUUUUAGAAGCCGCCUGCAGGAGACUCAUGGCUGCAAGAUGACAGCUACUUAUGUGGGAGAAAGACAAGAUGCACUUAAAGCUCAUGUUUAUCCAGCCCUCAUCCCAGCUGGAGUUCGGAGUGGGGCUUUCCAUUUUUUGAAACCACACAAACUGAUUAUAACCUCCUCACAUUUUACCACUAGAUACAGUGGCUUCCAUGGCCUUAUUCAAUCAUUUCCAGUAGUAUGGACUGAACUAGUAAAAAAAACAAGCUGAAGAUUGUGAGUAUCUUUCAUACAAUGUAAGCUCAAUUUCAUGCAGUAUAGAAAGUUGGGACAUCUGUAGAAGAGAAAUUAAACUAUGUUCAAUGCCACUGAUAUCAAUGUAUGAGAAUGUAGUUAUUCUGUUUUGUUUACUGUUAAAACUCUGUCUCUGGCCACCAAUGACAAUCUGUUACACAAAUAAGGACAGGACAUUUUCUCAAAGUUGUCUUGACUGACAUCUUUCCAGCAGGAGUGUGUAGAUAGAUAAGUGAGGAAGCAGUAUCAGAAAAAACAUUCAAGAGUGUUCCAGUCAGGCACUCUGUUAAUGUCACAAAGUGGAAGAUAAUGAAAAACAUAAUGUGCUUUAUGUAAAUGAAAGAAGCUACAAUCUUGGUUUACAGCUCUGAUAGUAAAAUGCACACAUUUUAGACGUACUUGUUUUCUGUAAUUUCAUAACUGAAUUAAUGAUUUUCAGUGUGAUUAAUGAACGCCAAGUUUAAUCUAGUUACUCAGAAAUUACAUUUCUUUCUUUGGUAAGUUUGCACCUGCAAAAGUUUGCAUGAAACUUAAGCCCUCUGAUGAUUUCUGGUACCAAAUGCAUUAGAAGUCCUGAGCUUUGUGUGGUAAUUAACUACCAUAGCAUAACUUCUUCAUAAACAAGCUGACUUGAAUAUGCUCCAGGUUUCCACUGUAUUGGUCCACACAAUGUAAUUAGGGAACCAAUUAAGGAGACAUGGUUGCAACGUCAAUACAAAUUCCUAGAGCACUCUUCCAUUUAUUUUAAAGAGGUUAAAAUCAAUACGUAAAACCAGCAACAGAUCAAAUAAGGACUUGUUUAUCACAGGGGUUGCUAUGCCCUCUGACAUUGUUCUUUGCUCUGUUGUUUAUUGAAUAUCUUAGAAUGAAAAACAGUUUUUUUUUUUGGUCCAGCAAGAACUUUUUUUAUACGAUUCUGCAGUAACAUAAAGCUAUAUCAUCUUGUUAGCAACUGUCUAACAAACAAUAACAGUUUGUUGGUGAUUAGAGGGCUUUUGUCAGCCAAGAAAGACGUUGGAUAUUUUGUCGCAGAGUUUGUCAAGACCCCCCCCCCCCCCAAAAAAAAAAAAAAGUACAUUGAGUGAGCACUCAUAUUUUUCUAAAGGCUGAGCUCAAAUAAAUGUUAUAUUGCUAUGUAUCUGGUGGCUAUAGUACCAUAUUAGAAGAAGUUAUUUGUCAAAUUUAUCAAAAUUAUAUUUGAACUUAUUGCAAUUAUUGUAAAAACAGUCACAAAUCAAAGCUAAGUCUAGAGAGCCAUUCAGACAACAGUGACCAACAAAAAAAAGGGCACCUCCCCUUAAAUACCAUUGUAGAGUUUUAUGGACCAUUGAAGAGACACUUUUGUGUCAAAGAAGAGUUGCUGUUUUUUUUCCACAAUUUAAAAAAAUUAUAUUCCUUCUCAACUAUUCAAAUCUUUCUGGCUGUCUUAAAGCUGCCUACCCCACUUUAAAAAGGUCAUUAUAUAUCAUUGGCUUUACAAAGCUGCACCAAAGUGGCCGUCAGUAAAAUCGAAAACACAACAAAAUCCUUGUUUAUACAGUAGAUUAGUACAAAUAGCUUCUUGAAAGUGUUUAUUUGUCACAUUAACUCAGCACUUCCUUUAGGCUAACUGAGGACACACUCUGGUACACGCAUCAACCCAUUACAGGUAUUUCAUGAAAAAAACGAUUAUAAAUUGGCAAUUCCACCGUUUCGCUCCAUGACGAGUCAGCGCUUCCUGAACAGUGAACACUUAAGGACCCCAGAUAUCUCAGCUUUCUCUUUGGGUACCUCUCUACAGCUCAGCAGGGCUGUCAGACUUCUCAUUAUUGUUGUGAGAUAACAGUCGAGAGUUGUCACAGCUCCAAGAACCCAUUUCUCCUUUCAGUAUCUAAGAAGUCCUUUGAUAUUUGGCUCUGCCGAGUCAGGAAAGAUCUAGUCCAACUAAGAACUGCUCACUCCUGCAUUGUCUGUGAGUCAACAGAGUUGUCAACAGAAGAACUACUGUUGCCCCUUUCACACAUCCAUCAGAAAUCCCCUGAUUAUGUGAGUAAUUUAAUGUGGUGUAGUGCUGAGCGGACAGCUUCUAUAAAUCAGUUGUCUGGUUCAAUAUUCAACACAAAUACCAAGUCGUUGAUGCUGUUUUGGGCUUAUUGACUCUAUUUUGGUGGCAAUUUGGGGAAAGGAUGGGAUGUCAAGUCAAGUGAGACUUCAGAUAAGGACUACAAAUAAAGGGAAUUGAAUACUGAAGGUCCGUAUUUCCUGAAGAGCAGCAGAGGUGACCUUUUCCUGCAGCAACCUGCUGCCCUUGAGGCUAAAGUGGAUGCUAACCGCAAACGCUGAGAGGGAGACUAAGUAUUCACAUCCUGCGGUAAAAUCAACACAGGUUCCAUGUGUACUUACCACCUAUUCCAUCUAAUGGCAGGAAAAAUCAUUGGUGCAUGUUUGAGAAAGGUUUCAAGAAAUGUGAUGCCUUUCACUGCUAGCAAAGUAAGAAUUGCAAGUGAUGGCGUAUUCACUUUGUUUCCGUCAGUGUACUUCUAUUCUGAUCAAUAGUUCCUGAGGAUGGAUUGUUUCAACCAUGUGUCAGGUCAAUAUUUCACUCUGUGCCUAAGCCGAACCUCUAACUGACACUGGUCCUCUAAUCCCCCAAAGAUUUCUUGUUCUUGCACCAAGGGAAGGCUGAUGGAGAAAUGCUCGGCUUGAUGUAUGUGUCCCAGUAAAGAGCUUUUUCCCAUUAAAAAUAGAGAAGCAGUUUGAUCUACCUAGGCUCUGAUCUGGCGUCAUGAAUAAGCAAGCGUGUUGUGCCCCUGGUGCUGCUGCACAACAGGAAACAAGGCUCCUGUCAGAACAUUUUAUACACUCUUAGGACAUCUGUCUUAAGGAACAGCUGUAACACAGCUCUGAUGUAGGCCUUUGAAAAAGAAAGCGGGGAAAUUGAGUGCACAAAAUGAGCUGUACACAUGCACUUACAGUACAAUGGUGUUAUACAGUAGAGCUCACCAUCACAUACAGUAUUAUGUUGACAUUGUUAUGUGUGAUUUCAGAGAGAAGCAAUCAGUCAUAAAAACGAGGCUGCCAGCUCUGCCUUUGUUGAAAAACUAUGCGCAUCAGACUCAUCUGUGUUAUGACACAGCAGUGCGUGAACAUCAGCUUCUAUAGCUGGCUCACAGCUAAUGAGAUGCUGCAUCCAAACCAAUGAGCAUAAAAAGGAGGUUAGAAAAAAAAAAGGUAAAUGGAGGCAAAUUUGCAUCCAGUGACAAGAGAAUGUGAUUAAUUAAGAUGCAAUGGCAUGCCUCGUGUUUUAGAUAAACAACUGUGAUAAAGCAGAGCAAUUACAAAUCACAGAUUAUCUUCCAUCAUCUUUGGCCGUGAACUCAAACUAACAGAGCAGUGGCAGUAAAACUGUGUGAUCAAUUGUCCUUCUCACUCUCACUGUUGGGUUUCAUCCCGUUCACUGCACCUCAGAGAAAAAGCAACAUAAGCUCAAAACCUUCAAUAAAUCAACACAAGGUCUUGCAAAUAUAACAAACCUCUCUCCCAUUUUACAAUUAAUUAUUCACCAAUCAGCCUUACAAAAUUAGAGCAACAUCAAUAUUUGAUCUUCUUUUAUCUUGAUCAAAUCUCUGCCUGAGGAGGUAUUUCUUACAACACAGCGUGGAUGAAAUGUUGUUAAAUGUAGAGGAAGAGAAGAGAGAGGGCUUUUUAUGGUUUUGAGGAUUUCAUUUGUAAAUCUAGAUUUUUAAGAAGCGUGUUAAUUUGAAAUGCCAUUAUGCUGCAUGAAGUAGCAUAAUUCACCUGCUUGUUAAAAUGAGAGCUAUUCCUUAGUCAAUCCAGGUUCUAACAGCUUGGUGCUGCUUCUUUUUACUGACACUAAUUCCCAGCACCAGAGCUUUAUCUGUCUUUUGGCCUUCGUAGCUGUCCUUAUGCCAGACUGCCACCUGCUGGUAAAGACAAUUUAGGUUUGUGUGAUUAAAAGUGGACAGGGCCAGGCAGACUCGCUGUGCAUCCGGCUCUCUGACAGAGGGUGAAGAGGUCACAUCUGGCACCUUCAUUAGGCUUCUCCCUCAGGUUCUGAUGGCCUCUUCUUUAUCCAGAGAUUUUUAUUUAAAGUCUUCUGAUGGCAGAUCCAAAGACUGGCUCGGCUAAUUAAUAUCCUCAAGACACAGGAAUAAGAUCUCGAAGAGAAGAUGAAAGCAUCCAAAAAAAAAAAAAAAAAAGAAAAAAAACCACUUCAUGCAUUUGCAGAUUGGAGUCAGAAGACAGUAUAGUCACUCAUUUUGCUCAGAAACAGAGGGAUAUGAAUUUCAACCACCCUUCUCUACAAAAAGAACAACACGGUUGUUUAGCAUUUAAACAAUGAGAAUUGUUGGGGAGUAAAAACAGGAGAAUGUGCUUCAGCUAGAUUGUCUCUCUAUAUAAAUGUUUAGUACACUGAACAUCUUUAUCUUCAUCUUUAUAAAGACUUAAAGAUAAGAAAAGAAGCUGGAGGAAUAGUGGUAUUUCUAAGGUAGUUUGUCAUCAGUUUGAAUCAAAAACAGGAUAUUGUAUCCUCCUGGGUUCAUGAACAAGAAAGAGUUGUUUGAAGUUCUGGAUUAUCUCACAGAGAGAUCCUUAAAGUAUGAACGAGAAAAUGUGCCCACAUAAACAUGAAAUUACCCACACAGUGUCAUCAGGUCAAACUAUUAGUCUCACAAAGCAGACUCUAUGCCAUUGAUGAAGAGUCUUUGAAUUUGGUUUGUGUUUGAUUGUUGCCUUGUAACUGUGGCUCCUUAAAGAGGUAUAAAAAUGUUAUGCUUUAGAUAAGCAAGUCCACAGGCAGCGUCAUCAGCAAAUGUAAAAACCACUAAUGUCAGGGUUCAGCUUGUUUUGCUGCAUUACUGGAAGAUGACACAGAUGUGCCCAGCUACCCGGGUUUUUUGUCUUGGGGGUAAAUGAUGCAUUUAUCUUAGGCCACAGGAGUUCAAACUCUGGCAACUCCACAUGCAGC